AUGCGACGAAAUGGCUACAUUGAAGGCAAAGAGCUGGAAAACUUCUUCCAGGAGCUGGAAAGCGCGAGGAAGGGGGCAGGUGUGGACUCCAAGAACGACAACUUGGGUGACAAGAUGAAAGAGUUCAUGCACAAGUAUGACAAAAACGCGGAUGGCAAAAUUGAGAUGGCGGAGCUGGCCCAGAUCCUGCCCACGGAAGAAAAUUUCCUGCUGUGCUUCCGCCAGCACGUGGGCUCCAGCUCAGAGUUCAUGGAGGUGAGCGGGACAAGCUGUGCCGGGGCCCCACGUGGGAUUUGGUCUCCAGUGCCUGGCUCUACCAUGGAGAAACGCGGCUACAUCGAAGCCAACGAGCUUAAGGGCUUCUUGUCGGACCUGCUGAAGAAGGCGAACCGGCCCUACGACGAGCCCAAGCUGCAGGAGGACAAACAGACCAUCGGAAGUGGGACCUUCAGACUUCUGCCAGUACAAGAAAACUUCCUUCUGAAGUUUCAGGGGAUGAAGCUGUCCUCAGAGGAGUUCAAUGCUAUCUUCGCCUUCUACGAUAAGGACGGGAGCGGCUUCAUUGACGAGAACGAGCUGGAUGCACUUUUGAAAGACCUGUAUGAGAAGAAUAAGAAAGAGAUGAACAUCCAGCAGCUCACCAACUACAGGAAGAGCAUCAUGAACCUCUCUGAUGGGGGAAAACUCUACCGCAAGGAACUGGAAAUCGUGCUCUGCAACGAGCCCCCCAUGUAG